ACCGCUAAGAUAGAGUUCCGAUACGAUCGACAGGGAAAAAGUGGGUCGCGUCUCAUAAACGCAACCAAGGAAAUCCGCAGCUUCUUUUUCGCCUCUGCACCUUAUAGGAAAAUCUUGAACUGUUCUUCUACUGACUGCUAGUGCUAGCUCGAUCUUCGAAACAAUGGAUGAUCCUGAACUGGAAGCAAUCAGGCAGAGAAGAAUGCAGGAACUCAUGGCCCAGCGUGGCAUGGGAAGCCAAAGUAAUCCAGAGCAACAGAAGGCCCAGGAAGAGGCUAAGAGUGAAGCAGAGGAACGCAGACAAAUGAUGCUCAGCCAGAUUCUGUCAAUGCAAGCGAGGGAAAGACUUGCUCGAAUUGCGUUGGUUAAACCUGAGAAGGCUAGAGGUGUCGAAGAUGUUAUACUGAGAGCUGCACAGAUGGGCCAGAUUGUAGAGAAGGUGUCUGAAGAGAAGCUUAUAACAUUGCUUGAACAGAUCAACAACCAGACCACAAAACAGACGAAAGUCACUAUACAAAGGCGUCGAAGUGUCCUUGAGGACGACGAUUAGCAAGUGACAUGAAUUGCUCACCUUAUAUAACAUAUGCAUAUGCCAGCAGUUUUGUUGUAUGUUUAUCGCUUGCACGAUACAAUAUCUACCUGUUUAUCCAUUUUCUCUGCUGCUACUUUAUCAUGAUCCCCCAUAAUCUCACCUCAGAAUGCAAGAGCUCCUCGGAGUUGGCUGGUAUUACACCAUUGUUGCGGUCAAAUUCUCCAAACCAUUAAGCUGUAUGUCAAGAGUAUCGACCUUGAACUAUUAUUAUGCUUCCUAAUUUCUGAUUGUUAAGAGGAAUUGAUUUCCCUUCAAUUGUGGGUGUAUUUUAAUCUAGAGAUUGAUCUGUGCCUGCCUAAUGCUAUCCAUACAAAUUUGGAAUCAUUGAAUAUAGCUAUUGAUAUGGUUGAUUUGGAUUGCUGUACUACUUCAAUGAUGAAA